UAAGGCGGAAGGAUACAAUGCACAGUGAGGCGCCCGCCCCACUCCAUGUCUAUAAAAAGCGGCCGGUGGAUGCCGCACUGCUUUUGCUGGUCCCUCACGCCCGAGACGAUGCCUGAGAAAGUUCAACACGAGGAGGAGGAUGCAGAGACCUUCGCCUUCCAGGCGGAGAUCGCCCAGCUCAUGUCGCUCAUUAUCAACACCUUCUAUUCCAAUAAGGAGAUCUUCCUGCGGGAGCUCAUCUCCAACGCCUCUGACGCCCUGGAUAAGAUCCGCUAUGAGAGCCUGACUGACCCCUCAAAGCUGGACAGUGGGAAAGACCUGAAAAUUGACAUCAUCCCCAACCCCCGCGACCGCACACUGACCCUGGUGGACACUGGCAUUGGGAUGACAAAAGCAGACCUCAUCAACAACCUGGGCACCAUUGCCAAAUCUGGGACCAAAGCCUUCAUGGAAGCCCUGCAGGCUGGCGCAGAUAUCUCCAUGAUUGGACAGUUUGGUGUGGGUUUCUAUUCCGCCUAUCUGGUGGCUGAGAAGGUGGUUGUCAUUACCAAGCACAAUGAUGAUGAGCAGUACGCUUGGGAGUCAUCAGCUGGAGGCUCAUUUACUGUCCGAACUGACCAUGGUGGGGAACCCAUUGGACGUGGCACCAAAGUGAUCCUGCACUUGAAGGAGGACCAGACUGAGUACUUGGAGGAGCAUCGUGUGAAAGAGGUGGUGAAGAAGCACUCCCAGUUCAUUGGCUACCCCAUCACGCUCUAUCUGGAGAAAGAACGUGAGAAAGAGAUCAGUGAUGAUGAAGCAGAGGAGGAGAAAGAUGAGAAGGAGGAAGAGUCAGUGUCCAAAGAUGAAGAGAAACCAAAAAUCGAGGAUGUGGGCUCUGAUGAGGAGGAGGAGGGAGACAAAGGCAAGAAGAAAAAGACCAAGAAAAUCAAGGAGAAAUAUAUCGACCAGGAGGAGCUGAACAAGACCAAACCAAUAUGGACCCGCAACCCUGAUGACAUCACCCAGGAGGAGUAUGGCGAGUUCUACAAGAGCCUCACCAACGACUGGGAGGACCACUUGGCUGUCAAGCACUUCUCUGUGGAAGGGCAGCUGGAGUUCAGGGCCCUGCUUUUCAUCCCGCGUCGUGCCCCUUUUGACCUCUUUGAGAACAAGAAGAAGAAGAACAACAUUAAGCUGUAUGUGAGGCGGGUCUUCAUCAUGGACAGCUGUGACGAGCUCAUCCCUGAAUACCUAAACUUCAUCCGGGGUGUUGUGGACUCAGAGGACCUUCCUCUGAACAUUUCUCGUGAGAUGCUCCAGCAGAGCAAGAUCCUCAAAGUGAUCCGUAAAAACAUUGUGAAGAAAUGCUUGGAGCUCUUUUCCGAGCUGGCAGAAGACAAAGAGAGCUACAAGAAAUUUUACGAGGCUUUUUCCAAGAAUCUGAAGUUGGGCAUCCAUGAGGACUCCACCAACCGAAAGCGCCUUUCGGAGCUGCUGCGGUACCACACGUCCCAGUCAGGCGAUGAGGUGGCUUCGCUUUCUGAGUAUGUGUCCCGUAUGAAGGAGAACCAGAAGAGUAUCUACUACAUCACAGGGGAGAGUAAGGAGCAGGUUGCUAACUCAGCCUUCGUGGAGCGUGUGCGGAAGCGUGGCUUUGAGGUGGUAUACAUGACAGAGCCCAUCGAUGAGUAUUGCGUGCAGCAGCUCAAGGAGUUUGAUGGCAAGACCCUGGUAUCAGUCACCAAAGAGGGGCUGGAGCUGCCUGAGGAUGAGGAAGAGAAAAAAAAGAUGGAGGAGAGCAAGGCCAAGUUUGAGAACCUCUGCAAACUUAUGAAGGAAAUCCUGGACAAGAAGGUGGAGAAGGUCACCAUCUCAAACCGGUUGGUCUCAUCUCCCUGCUGCAUCGUCACCAGCACCUACGGUUGGACAGCCAACAUGGAGCGCAUCAUGAAGGCUCAGGCACUGCGGGACAACUCUACCAUGGGCUACAUGAUGGCCAAGAAGCACCUGGAGAUCAAUCCUGACCACCCAAUUGUGGAAACCCUUCGCCAGAAGGCUGAUGCUGACAAGAACGACAAAGCUGUUAAAGACCUGGUGGUGCUACUCUUUGAGACUGCUCUGCUGUCCUCUGGUUUCUCCCUGGAAGAUCCCCAGACCCACUCCAACCGAAUCUACAGGAUGAUCAAACUCGGGCUUGGCAUUGAUGAAGAUGAGAUUACAGCAGAGGAGCCCAGUGCUGCUGUCCCUGAGGAAAUCCCCCCUCUGGAGGGAGAUGAAGAUGCAUCCCGCAUGGAAGAGGUAGACUAAAAGAGGAAGGUUUUUCCUUUACCUGCCAGACCUCUGAUCUAUCAUGUCUGCUUAGAAGAUGGUCUGUUCCCACCAGCUGCUACUGACUUCUUGGUGGUGGCUAUUCUUUUGGCUCUGUUUGGUUGGGGUUGUUUUUGGCAGGGUGCAGGAGGGCAUGAUUCCCUGUUUGUUAGUAGUGAUUCAGGUAGCCUGAGGCCUGUCUGUUCUGUGUCUUUAUGCUUGUGUAGGAACAGCUGAUGGGGAGCAGAGGUGUGAGGAGGCAUCAGGCCUCUCCUCUCUCUCCCCCUCAUGGAGUGUCCCAUGUUACCAGUAGGCAUCAAACAGUGUCCUUAUUCCAUUGGGGUGGGAGAGCCCUUCCUCUGAACUGCUACCUCCCUGAAGGCCCAGGGGAUAGCAUAAUGUAUUUGGGCUGGGUUUUGUUUGAUUAUUUUUCUGGGCUUUUUUGUUUGUUUUACUGGAAUUAAAGAAUUGAUGAUUUA